AACAAAACCCAACUCUUUGUAUUUCCUAUUUUCACUGUUUCUAUAUUGUACUGCUUUCAACAUGAAGUUGUUACCUUCUUCCUCCACUUCAUCAUCACCUUCUUCUUCUGUUUCUUUUGAUCCCACAAUGUGCACUUCAAAAAGUGCCACUGCUGGUUGUAUUGCUGGCAUAUUUCGUCGAAUUCUUUGUUCUCGCAGCCUCCCUACACAUCCUUCUGAUUCCAUCACAGAAGGAAGCUCUGGCGCCAUCGACAAACAUCAAGGGUUGGAAGUUGAGGACAAGAUUGAAGCUCCAGGGAUUGUGGCUAGGCUAAUGGGUUUGGAUACCAUGCCAGAAAUCGGCCAAGCAAAACCAAAUUCAUCAAUUUCAAGAAGCAAAUUAAUGAAUUCUGUGGACUACACGCAUUAUGGUUCUGAUCAAGAGCAGAACAAGCAUACACACGUAAACUACACAAUGUCCUUCCGUGAGAUGCCGACAUUCCUCGUGCUAGAAGAAGAAGAAUUCUUUGUACUCAGCUUUGAGAAGGAGGGUAAAGGAAGAGACUUGAGAGCAAAACAGAGGAAGCAGAGUAAAGGGAAGAAAAACAUAACGAAGAUGGUAUCUUCUGAAAGGAAGAACAGGGAGAAUCAUCAAGAGAUGACGAUGAGCAAGAAGGCUUUAUGUGUCUUAAUUGAACAAGAGCAAGAGAUGAAUAGGAGAAUAUCUGACAAAUCUGAUCAGGAUUUUGCCUUAUCCAACAUAAAAGCUCUGGAGAGAAAGAGGAAGAAGAAGAAGAAAAGAAAAUGGAGUGCAGUUGAAAACGUACAACAUGAAUGCAGCUCACAAGAUUCAAGUCCUGUUUCUGUUCUUGAUUUUGAUCAAUUCAUCGUUGAUCAAGAAGUUCCUACCUUAAAUGAAGAUUUGAAGUUAGAAGGGUCAAGAAGGAAAUUAUCACCAGAGCCGGAAAACUAUGGAUCCCCAUGUGGAAGAGAAGACGACAUUCUGAUGGACAAUUGUGAAGGGAAAAGUCCUAGAUUGAGGAAGAAGGAACGGCACAGCCAGUUCUGGGAUGCAAUUUGCAGGCUGACAGAAACAGAGGUGUGUAAUUCAAUCUGGUUAAAUUCCAUGACUGUCAAGCAUGAAGAAGUUGAAGAUAUUGCUGCAGCUGUUGGGUUGCAAAUUCUAGAUCAAUUAUUAGAUGAACUGAUGGUUCUACAAUGAAAAAUUUUAAAUUGUUAAACUACAGUGCAUAUGUCAACAUUUUCGAAUUAAAAUAGUGAUAACCAAUAGUCAAAGAUGAUACUAGUGCAAUUUUGAAAUUGCUUUUCACCUGUCCUGUUUUCCUCUUACCUGUAGAAGAUGUUUUGGUGAUACUCAUAUCCCCAAGAUGGUUCCUUUUAGCUAAACUAAAAGAGGGAGCCAUGU